CAUGCGCAACGCAUUUGUUUCUUUUCUAACUUGCACAUGGCGUCCGGUUGAAGGUUAUUAUACAAACUAAAUUAACAUCUAAGUGCCGUUCACUGAUAACUGUUUUUUCCUUCAACCUGCCCCACUACAAAUAAGUGAAAAUGGGCAAUGUUAGUGCAGCGGAGUUAUCAAAAUCUGCAUCAGAUUUACCAUCGCCACCAUUGUUACCUCCUUCCCCCCCAACCGAUAUUCCAAAAAAAAUAAAAGUAAAAGAAACAUCAGGUUCUGCUGGAGUACCACCGGUUGAAGUAGAUGUAAAUCCAGGUUUAUAUGAAGAUCUUCACAAGCAGACCAAAGAACUCUUUCCUCAAGUUUUUGAAGGAGCUAAAGUAAUAGUGGCCAAAGGAUUAAGUAGCCAUUUUCAGAUUAGUCACACCAUUACACUUAGCACCUUUACGCCUUCUGUCUAUCGUUUUGGUACAACAUACAUUGGCACAAAGCAGAUUUCACCAACAGAGUCUUUCCCCGUCUUGUUAGGAGAUAUUGACUCUAGUGGAAAUAUGAAUGCAAAUAUUAUCCAUGCUAUUAACCAGAGAAUUAGGGCAAAGCUUGUAGCACAGUUUCAACCCAACAAAUGUGUGGGGCAUCAGGUAUCACUAGAUUACAAAGGAGAUGACUUUACUGCUUCAUUAACCACAGGGAAUGUGGAUCCUCUGUCGUCUUCAGGAUUACUAGUUGCUCAUUACCUGCAACGCAUCACACCAAGUCUUGCUCUUGGUGCUGAAAUCAUGUACCAGCGUGGGCAACAGGUUCCUGGUGGAGAAAUAGCUAUAAUGUCCCUAGCUGGGCGAUGGUCAGGAGAUAAAUGGCAGUUAAGUGCUAACCUGAGUCCGAUGGCAGGCAAUCUUCAUACUUGCUUCUAUCAAAAAGUCAAUGACACGCUCCAGGUUGGAGUGGAAUUAGAAACAAGCAUACGGAUGGCUGAAAGCACAGCAACUGUUGCUUAUCAGAUAGACAUUCCUAAAGCUGAUGUUGUUUUUAGAGGUCAACUGGAUAGCAACUGGUGCAUAGGAGCGGUAAUAGAAAAAAAGCUGGCUCCCUUUCCAUUUACCUUAGCACUUAGUGGAUAUGGUAACCAUGUGAAAAGCCAGUAUCGCUUUGGUAUUGGCAUGAUAAUUGGAUGAGGAAAUUUUAGUUUAGGUUUUUUUUUUUUUUUAAAGAAUUAGAAACUAUUGGAUUCAUUUGUUUAUAAUGUUUGAAAAGCCUAAGUUGGUGAUGUAUAUAUAUUAAUACUGGUAAUAUGAAGAAAAAAAAAAUUGGCUUAAAGAACAAGAAUGUUUUUUUUAAAAAUCUAAGUAGAAUGUUGACCAUUGAUUAUUCUCAUUAUCACUAAAUUAUUAUCUUGUUUUGUAUGAAGAAUAACAUUCUUUGCAAGAUUUUUUUAUAUUUUUAAGUGAAUUUGGUCUUUUUCAUUGAAGUUGAUAUAGUUUUGCUAUAUUCUUAAAAUUUGACACUUUAUUGAAUGACUGAAAUAGUGUACAUAGUUUUGUUACCAAAAUAGGCUUCAUAAUUAGUAACUGUACAAAACAAGCAUAUAUCUAUACUGUGGCAUGAUCAUUUAAUGUAUAUAGAAAAGAAUGAACUGAUUAAUGCUUGUGUUAUUCUACACAAUUUAGAGCACUCUAGGCUACUAAACCUGAUACAGAAGUGUCAGCACAACCCUAUUACUUUAUCCAUUUUAUAUAUUGAUACAAUGCAUUUUAAAACAGCUGAAUUUGUGUUUUAUCAUAAGUUGCUUCAAUAUUACUGUACGCGAUUUUUAAUUUAUUAAAAACUUGUUUUAGAAAGGCAAGAACCAAAAUACACAGAGGAAAAAAAGCAUUCAGCUUUGUUAGUUUAGAUUGGUAGAGUAAACUAAGCAUUUAUUGAAUGAUACCUGUUUGUUCGCAUGAGCGAAACAGAUGCUAUGAAUGUUUUCCUGUCUGUAUUGAAAUUGAGUGGAUGGCAGCUCGGCUGUAACCUACCAUUGCUAUCAUACUCCAUUAUUAUGGUUUUUUAACAUUUAAAAAACCUUGUGAUUGCUAUACUGAAUAAAAGGUACAAGCCAGGAAUUGUUUUGCAACAGUGCUCAUUUUAUUUUGAAAUCAGCAAAUGAAAGAACCUGUAGUUUUUUUUCUUAGAGAGCUCUUGUGUUCAUACACAGUUUGAGAAGAUCAUAUCUGAAGUUAAUUCAAUAAAAUCAAUAACUUUUGAA